GCGACAUUUGAGCGAGCAAGAUCACCAUGAGCUAUCAGAAUUGCCUAGUUUUUUUGCUCUUGGCAUUGCUUGCUCCCUCAUUAAUAAACUCCUCUGGGGAUCAGUGUCGCCAUCGAUUGUUCUUGCAAUCAGAUCAAGCUUUACAAACCAUUACCAAUCAGCUUGUUUCGCUGGCCAUUGAACUGGUGGACGAUGUCGUAGAAGAUCUCCUGGUUUUGGAUUCCCAGAACUCCGUUUUACUGGGCUAUUUAGAUCGCUUCGAUGCCUUUGUAGCCGUAAAUGCAAAUCACACUGAGGAGAAGCUCAAUUCAUUCUACGGCGUAGUUGAGGAUUAUCUCGAUUCCGACACUACAGGGGAUCCCCUCAGAGCUUCCAGUAUUGAGACCCAGUUGAUUGCCCUUUGCCUGCAGCGCAAUGGAUUCGAUCGAUGGAAGCGAACAGUUCAGACCAGAACAACCCAGCUCCAAAGACUAAUAUACAGAAAGCUCAGAAAACACCUGCAAUCUGUGGACAGAGAGGAUCGAUUGGCGGUGGAACGCCGGUGGAAGAGAAUUCUAACUCGUGGCGGACCCCGGAGAUUGGAGAAGCUGAGGGAGUUCGUCAAAUGGUUGGGCGAGUUCAGAGAUUAGAGCCCAGGCCAACGAUCUUUAAGACUGUAAGAUAUGCCACCAAGUGAUAAGAAGAGUUGUAAACUUUAUAUGCCGUGUGGGUGUGAACAUAAAACUUUUCGUUGCUAAUUAUAACCGACCAUGACUUUGAGUUUAAUUUAAAUAAAAAAAUGUA